AUGUUGGAUAUCGUCCUGUUUGUUGACAGUUUACCAGAGGGUGUUGGUUUCAACGACCGACCUCAUGGCCAAACCGUUGAGAGGGAUUGCAAUCCGCAUACUUCCAAGAUUGGUUUUACUGUCGAUAAAUUCGCCAUGCCCAUGCCGAAUUUUCCGUCUCUUAGCAGCGUCGCCAGCAAAUAUUACGUUGCUAAGGAGCACGUCUCGUUUGCCUACCUUCUGGCAGCCCUUGCACGCAGUACCGUGACGGAGGGUCUCUGCAAGCUUCUCAAGACAUCUCCUCCUCAACGUCAGAAACUGCGCGUAUUGGAGAACCUAAGUUUGAUCUCCUCCAGAUUGACUGCCUGUUGCGCGAGAAUCAUUCACUCCAAAUGCCUAUCUGCAGUAUGUGUCGGGGCGGACCCCACCGACGCCGAUGAGCUGCUUCGUCAUAUCCUUGACAUUUUUGCCAACAUACUUGACAACGCAGUCGCUGCAGAUAUGAGCGCCUUCGCGGACCAGCUUGUGAAUAUGGACACCCUUGGAUUCCUCCGCGGAGCUUUCUUGCAUCAUCUCGCGAGAACUCGAGUCCAAAAGUCACGCCAACUGCGCAAUGACAUUCUGGCCUUCGUAGUGCAUUUUACUUGUUUCUUGCGGGAGGAGGACCUCACUGAUACCGUGGCCCAGAUACUGGACAUGCUGGGCUGGGACUUUCUUCACAGUCUUCUCGACAUCCUUGUGGGCUUCCGAAGCAAAGGGCUAACAGACAUUUUCCAUCGAGUUCAACUGCCGUCCAACGAGGAGAACUUUGAACUCGCGAAACUGCUUUUCACCUUCUUCACAAAUCUAUCAGACAAUGAAGGCAUUAUAAAGGUAGGUUGA